CGCCGCGCAGCCUGUCCGGAGCUCGCUUCCUCCUCCCCUUAAAGCAGAAAGAUAAUCUCCACAGACGCACCAACAAUGGGAGAGCUGGACGCGCGCGAUGGCCCCCGCUCCGUUUGCAUUAUAAUUUAAAAACCGACGCACUUGGCUUCACCGCCGGCGAAAAUGGCGACGGGGGCAGGCUGGCAGCCUCCGUACAACACCUCAUCCAGCGCCAGCAAAUACGCCUCCUCUCCAACAGCAUCCAGCAUGUUUUACGACGGGAGUUUAACGCUGGAAUACACCCCGGACCUGCAUCUGAAGAUGAGCAAGAAGAUAGCCCAGCUGACAAAGGUAAUUUAUGCUCUCAACACCAAGAACGAUGAACAUGAAGAGGAAAUCGAGUCGCUGAAAGAGGCCCACGAGGAUGAGGUCCAACACAUAGUGACAGAAACCAGAGACAAGAUCAUGCAGUACAAGAGCAAAAUGGCGGACGAGGCGGACCUGAGGCGGCGGCUGGCCAGUCUGGAGGAAUCUGUCGAGCUCCACGACCACAUGAAGAGACAGCAGGCCUUAGCAGAGUUUGAGAUGUACAGACAGAGGAUGGAGGAUUCGCAGCUCUGCACUGAGGCCCAGCAUACCCAGAGAGUGGUUUCUAUGAGCAGAGAGGUGGAAGAGAUGCGUCGCGAUUUUGAGGAGAAGCUUCGGGUGUUCAGCCAGGCUCAGGCCCAGUUUGAGGCAGAUAAACGGCGAGCACUGGACGAGCUGAGGGCCACCCACCGGCAUGAGGUGGAGGAGCUCCGCAACAACCAGCAGAACCACACUGCGACCUCUGCCGAGGACCAGGAGAAACUGGCCGAGCUACAUAGACAAGAGGUGGAGGCUUUGAUGGACAGGUUAGAGGAGCUAUCGAAGGAUAAGGUCCGUCUGGUGGAGGAGUACGAGGCCAAGCUGGCCAAGGCUCAAGAGUACUAUGAGAGAGAGCUUGAGGCCAUGAGGAGGACGCACCAGCUGACCACCGAGAACCUGCUGGCCUGGAAGAGGACGGAGGUGGAGCUGCGGAAGGAGUUCCAAGCUCAGGAGGCAGCGCUGCAGCGUUCGCUGUCCAAGCUGAGGAGCGAGCUUCAGAAAGCUCAGGAGGAGGCCCGGGAGAACCGGGACAAAACCAACAGACUGCAGACAUCACUAGCCAACGCAGAGGGAACCAUUAAGAACCUGCACAAGCAGCUGGAAGAAGCCAUCCAGGAUGGAGAAAUCUGGGUGAUGCAGCUGAAGGACACAGAGUAUGAACUGGAGAGCAGCAGGGAACGAGUUCAGCAGCAGGCUACGGAGAUCCUCCACAAAGCCAGUCAGAUUGGUUCCUUGCAGGCCACCCAGAUGGCUCACGAGGCGACCAUCAGGAACCUGGAUCAGGAGCAGAGUCGGCUCAAAGAUAAGAUCAGCCGACUGGAGGAGGAGAGGGAGGCACUGCUCAAUCAAAGCCAGGCGGCCAGCGAACAGCACAAGCAGCAGCUGCUCCAACUGGAGCAGUCCCUCCGGGAGGAGCAUCAGGGCUAUGAGAAGGAGCUCUCUAGGCUGAGAGCUCACUAUGAGGAGGAGACCCUUCGCUUUAAGGAGGCUCAGGUCAGAGCGCUGGAGGAGCUGGAGGAGAAGCACAGGAACAUGAGGGAGGAGGCUGAGCAGGAGAAAGAGGAUGAGAAGAAACUCCUCGUUACGAAAAUGAGCCAGGAGUUUGAGAUUAAACGUCUCUCCCUAGAAGAGCAGAGGGAUCGUCUUCAGCAACAACUGGACAACCUGAAAGAGGAGCUAACGGCUAAAGUCAACAUGGCCAAUCAGGAGGUGUCCCACCUGCAGGAGCUGGUGAGGGAGGGGGAGCAGAACCUGAAUUCGGCUCAGACGCAGAUAGGCUGUCUGAAGGAAACGCAGGAGAAGCUCCGGAUAGAGCUGGAUGCAACCAGAGGCAGAGUGCGAGAGACCAGCAACAUGCUCACAGAUCUACAGGAGGAGAUUGAGACCCAGAAGCAGCAGCACGAUGCCAGAGUGAUGGCCAUCAGAACAGAGGAGAAACAGAAGAUGGACAAGAUGGCGGAUGACUUGGAUCAGAAAUGGAGAGAUGCUCUGCGGGAGGAAGUACGUUUGCUGAAGGAAGAGCUGAGUGAGGAGUAUGAAGCCGACAAACAGGCAGCUCUCAACCAGCUUUCCCAGCAGAAGGAGCUGGAGCUGAUGGCCGCAAGAGAGGGCUGGCAGAGGAAAGUGGAAGACCUGCUCGAACAGAUAUCUCUCCUCAAACAGUCUCUGGAGCUCCAGUUGUCACAAUCUCAGUCAGCUCUGCAGCAGCUGCAGUCCCAGUUCAACCAAGAGAGGGAGCUGCUGAGCCAACAGCUUAAAGAGAUGCAGAGAGAACAUCAGAGGAGGGAGCAUCGGUUACAGGAAGCUCACUGCUGUGCCCUCAGCACCAUGGAGGAGGCCAGACAGCACCAGAUCAGAGCCCUGGAGGAGCGUCUUAAGCAGGAGCACAGGGAGGAGGUUCAUGCUCUGAAGGAGGCCCACAGGAGGACCUUGGAAAUCCUCAGGCAGCAGUCAGAGCAGGAGCUGCAGACUCUAAGAUUUGAACUGGAGGACGAGGGCAAAGCAAAGCUGGCGUCUCUCCGAGCAGAACUGAACCACCUCCAUGCUACGGCCGUUGAACAUUUGAAGCAGCUCCACCUCAAAGAAAACAGUGCAGCUAAAAGAGAACUGGAGAAAGCAAUGGAACACAGCCACCAGCAGGAACAGGAACUCCUGGUUCGCAUCUCUGACCUUCAGGGAGAGUUGUGUUCCCGUAGCAACCGCAUCACCGAUCUGGACCACGAAAUCCACUCUCUUAACGAGACUAUCGACACUUUGACCAGAGAGCUGGAGUUGAAGGGCAAAGAGGUACUCAGAGUUCGCAGUGAAGCCAACCAUCAGAUAAGAGCUCAUGAACAGGAUCUAAUAAAGAGGCAUGAGAGGGAUCUGGAUGAGAUAAAGGUUGUUCAUCACAGAGAGGUGCAGAUUAUGCUGGCUGACUUCAACAAAGCUCAGGAGGUGCUCAAAGACAAGAUCUCUGCUCUGCAAAUCCUGUUGGAGGGCACAGAGGAGAAGCUGAGAAACAGAGAGAGUCGACCAGAAGAUCUGCAUCUCAUAGCGGAGCUCAGAGAGAUGGUCACUGAAAGAGAAGCUCUGGUCAAAAAACUGGUUGAUGACAAGAAGUUCUACCAGCUGGAGUUGGUGAAUAGAGAGACGGGCUUCAGCAAGGUCUUCAAUUCCAGUGCUAAUGUUGGUGUCAUCAACCCUCUUAUCAAGUCAAAAACAGGCAGCCAAUCAGAUCAGCGCCUCACCAGCUUUCCUAGCCAUUCAGCUCUCCGAUUCGUCAGCCCUCCCACCAUGAGCCACGAAGGCCAGGAAGAGGGCGGACGGGAGGCGGAGGAGGUAGGACCUGGAGGCCGCUUUGCGCUUCCUCACUCCCUCCUCCAGAGGUCCCUCCCAAGACCUAAGAAAGCCCUGUCACUGUUCAGCCCUCUUCCCCCUCCUUCUUCUUCUCUUCCUCUACCUCAGCAUCCUCCUCUUCCUCAUCAUCCCCCACACCAUCCCAUGCCAAGCCUUGCUCCUCCUCAUGCUCCUCAGGAUCCUCUCGCGCAGCAUCAGGGCCUUCAGCGCUGUGGGAGCCUUCCUGAAGCCAGCGCUCCAGCACCAUCAAGGGGGAUUGAGGUAGAAAAACGCAAAGAGUAUAUUCCAAAAGAGGAAGACUUGUUCUCUCUGUACUUCUCUUUCUGACUGGCAAAAAAAAAAAAUACCCCAGUUCUGUCAAAAAAAUGGGCAAAUGUAAUGGGACAGAGAGCUAGAGUUUGAUAUUGAUCAAACUACUAUUUGAGUCAUUUGAUGGAUUGAGAUAUCAGGCAUGCAGUCAUCAUCGCAGCAUUUCAUGCCUCCAGCUUGACUUCUUCUUCCGUAGGGCUUCCAUGCUGAGCCUGAAGAAGAGAGACUAACCAGUGCUUCCUGUUUGUUAAGAUUUCAUAACUGCCUGAGGAGAGAGGAUCCAAAACAUUUCAAAAAGAGGUAUCUCCUAGGUUACAGUGAAAAACAGAUGUUUACAUGCACUUUAUAUAAGGACUCUUUUUUUUCUUUCUUUCUUUUUUUAAACAACUUUAGCUGUUUUAAAUAAUUCGGAUUCAUUCCAGAAAUACUUGUUUCAUUUUCUACAAAUUUAGAGAUUUUCAUCCCUUUCCUUAGUAUUUGGUCAAAGCUUUUCAACUGCUGAUUGGGUCAAAUCUUUUGGAAUUUUUGCCACAAUCUUUUCACAAUUGUGUUGAAUGUUCUGUCCUAUUUCUACAGAUCACUAAAGAUGUUUGUAAGUCAACUUGCUAAUAUACACAUGGCUAAAGUCUCAGAGCAUUAGUUUUGCAGUCCCUGGGCCAUUUAUUAUUUUUUUUAAAUCUAAUUUUGUGGUAUUUUUAUAGUUAUGAGGCAUUUGGAAAACCAAUGUUGUACCCAAACUUGGCUGAUGUUUUAAAUUUUGGUUCCUGUUUCCACUUAAUGAUCCUUUUUCAGUAACCUCUAUAUUAUGAAAUUUACGCCGCUUCCUUUUGCGGCAAAACUUCCCAAAAAAGUGCUGAAACCCCCGUAAAUUGCAUUUUCAUGUGCGCGACAGUAUCUUGGGUUUCUGCUAAUUCUGAAAAUGCAUAUUUUCACAAUUGUGGUAUUUCCGUUGAAUAAAAAAUUACAAUUUCAGAUGAAUAACUUGUUCACGCCAUAAAUCGGAAAUUAAGUUUAUUGCCAAGUAGGUUUGCACUUCAAAGAAAUUUUAACUAUAGUUAUAUACGAUAUAAAACAUACAAUAUGUAAUGUGAAGCUAUAUAAUAUAUACACAGUAGACUGUGUGUUAAUGUAAUGCAGGAGGUCUGGAGAUGCUAUGUUGUAGCUUCUAGGUCCUGAACAGGGGAGGGAGCGAGGCAGUGUCAGUGUCAUGGGCCUUGUUGAUAGGGCUGGUAGCGGAUGGGAAGAAACUGUUCUUGUGGCGUGAGGUUUUGGUCCUGAUAGACUCCUACCAGAGGGAAUUGGCUGAAAUAGAUUGGGGUUUGGAUGCGAUGGGUCAGACAUAAUCUUCCCUCUAUGCCUCAGAGUCCUGGAGGUGUACAGAUCCUGGAGAGAUGGAAUAUUGUGUCUGAAUUCCUCAGCUGGUCAUCCAAAAUAAAAAUUUCCCCUUAUUAUCUAACUGCACUUUUUAUGUUACAGGUUUAAACAAAUUACUUUCAAAAUUAUAGUGGGUUUGAUAAAGUUCUAACAGUUCUAAGGGUCUAAGGGAAUGGUAGGUCAUUCAAAACGUAGCAGCACUAGCAUGUUCCUUUACAACAGAGGUGGGCAAUUUCACUUCCUGACGGCCGGUUUCCUGCAACUUUUAGCUGUUCCUUUGGUUCAUCACACCUGAAUCAAGUAAAUAGAUGAUUCAGAGGACUGCAGAGGAACUGAAUGUAUACUGAGGAGGUAAUUCAGCCAUUCAAUUCAGGUGUGUUGAACCAAGGAUGGAUCUAAAAGUUGCAGGAUACCAGCCCUCAGGAACUGAAAUUGGACACCCCUGCUUUACAAGCUCAAACAUUUAAUCUAUAAACUGAUCAAUACUGCUAGUCACUGAACUGCUAUCUAGUUGUAUUACCAGUUUUAGUUGUGAAUCACAGAUUGGUUAUUGAUUAAGUGAAAACUUUUAUAAUCUCUGGAAACGAUUAAAUAGGCUCGAUACCAUAUUGUGAGAUAGAUUCCCAGACCAUGAUGGCUACGCCACCAUACAUCUCAUUAUUUGGAGGUCAUCCAGGAAAAUGUCUGCAACUCCUACUCCAUAAAAAAUAAAUCUUGUCUUCAAGAACUGACAUUUAGGCUACUUCAUGUGUCUUGUAAUUUUAACUGUGGCGACUUCCUGACUUUACUUUAGCCUUUCCUCACAGGUAACUGUAGGGUGUCUUUACUUUCUGCUCUUCUUUAUAUGAUUUUCUAUUCUUCUGGUUAAUGUUUGGUGCAACUUAUUUUGCUCAUUUGUGACCUUCAAUGUUAAAAGGUUUUAAGUAUAUUUCACAGAACAAACGGUGCCACUGUUUAUUUAAACCUACACAGAAUCAGCUACUUUCAUGCUAUGAUUGAUCUGCUGCUUUUCAUUUACUUUAUUGCUCCUUUUAGUAAUUAUUCUGCUAUGUGGAGGUAUCAUUUAUACCAAAAUGUUUGAAUAUGUUUUGUCACAUGAUUUUGAAUUCUGCUCAUGUGUGUUACUGUUGCCAAUUAUGUUGGUUCUGGUUGUGCUUUUUGGCCUCUGCAGUUAAAAACGCACCAGCAUGAACAAGGAAAUCAAAGCCCAACUUUAGCUUCCUGUCCCAGUACUUUGUCUUUGUACAUAAAGUACGUGUAUGAAAUUAAUUUUUUCUAAAUGUCCAAGCUACUGGAGGGGCGGGGGUUUGGUUUAGUUUGUGGCGCCACAACAGUCUCAGGAGGAGAAACACACAGAUCGGCUAAACUAAGCUCCCCCAGUGCUUUUAUUCUCACACUAUUUAUUAAAAGAAACAAAGCUACUGUUUUUCCUGUGGUCUGCUUGAUACACCUCAGGAGCACAGAGAUAAAGAUGAAGAGUUUCGCCAGUUUGACCCGAUUGAUUUUGUUUUUUAAUAUUUAAUGCCAAGGAGAGUUUAGUCUAAGUUUAAUUACAGAUUCAAUGUUGGUGUCAGGGCCUGAACUCCUCUGCUUGGGUCUCUGGCUGUGAGGGCAGACCACAGAGCAUGUGAAAACAGAAACGCUCAUGCUGCUCUCAUUCACUUCAGAUAUCACAUCUUUACAGUGCACUGUCCAAUUUUUUUAUUUUUAAAACAAAAGUUUACAUAUUUAUCGUCCUGAUAACCUUCGGGCAUCUCAAGUUUUUCUUUCAAAGCUGCAUGCUCAUCUUCAACCUCAUCGGUUUGUUCUCAGAAAGUCAGUUUAAGAGCCCGAAACAUUAACAGUUUAUUUCAAUCCAGUGAGCACUCGUCUUCCUUUACAGAAGAAGGGGAGACUGCAGGCUUUCAGGAAGUGUUUGAACUCUUACAGCUUAAGCAAGGCUUUGCAAACAGCAGAAUAUAAUACAAUAACAAUUUUGGCCUAAUUUUUUUUCUUUGUUUGAAACCACGAUCAGACUGAAGAAAGGCAGUUACAUGAGAAAAUCCUUACAUCUUUCACUGGGAUAACAUUUAGUUCACAUUUUGUUAUUUGACACCCUAAAAGGUAUGUUCACAUCACUGGAACCGGUUUGACAUCCAUGAUGUAGAGGCUGGAUCUGGAGUGAAAGUGAGCGAGGCGAGGGUGGCGACUUUUGGGAGGGAAAUGGGACCAUUUUGGCAAAUUUAACAAAAUUUAAUCACCUUCAUCCUUGUG